GCCUCCACAAGCUCCUGGCAGUUCUGAUUGCGCCGAAGGGUUGCAAACGUGACAAAAGAAGAGGGCGACGUCAACGCGCUCAGGGGCAGACCGCUGCGUGAACUGGUUUUCUGCCGCUGACGACACACCGUCGGCCGCCGAGCCACCGCUAUCUGAAGGAGCAACUCGAGACGGCCGCCAAAGGGGUCGGCGGUGGGGAAGGCUUGCUGGUCGCACGAGGAAAACGCCACACGCGACGCGUCAAGCGCUGAGCACAAGUCAGCGAAGGCACAAGAAAAAGAAGCGAUGGCUGGUAUUUCCCACCUGCUCCUUUUCGCUGCCCUAUUCUACGUUGCCUGGGCGGGCGGUGCAAGGGACUCCAAUGCUUUCAUGGACCUGAUCCUUCUCCAGAAAAUGCCGACUCUUGUACGAUCCAACUCAAGACUCUAUCCCAACGUAACGAUCCCAGAAUUUAAAUUCAAGGUAGAAGCCACCCGGGGAAUUAACCGCGACCUCAAGGUCAAGAUGAAGGAAGGAGCAGUGAGAGGUUUUGACACCGGGGUCCACCGCACUACUGACUGCAACCCGCCUGCGCCUGUAGCGUUCAACAUCAGUAUUUCCUGCGUGCUCGACUUCAAUGGCAUCUACACCACAUUCCUUGCCAAGACCGAGGGCGACAACAUCCUUGGAACGGAGAAACGCGUUCCAGUCAACGUCACCGUCGUGGACACCACGGGUCGUUUCGAGGCCACGUCAGCCACCGGAAGGGCUGGCAUUGUGCGAACGUUCCACAUCGACAGGAUCAGGCUGCGCACUACCUACGGAGACAACCUGCACCUCAACGACGCACGAAAGGCAGAAUUCAUUCGUCAGAUUGAAGAGAAAGUGAUGGCUGUGCUGUACGAUGCUCUUUACAACGAAUACAUGCACGUCCUUAACCGUGCCAUCGAUGGGCUGCGAUUUCCUAAUCCCUGAGCCGACGAUUUCUGCGGUUUCUACAGAACAGGCAGACGACAGCGCGGUUUAGUGAAUGUGCGACCAGGUCCACAACCGUGUGUCAUGGUUUGGCACUGGCGCGGAGCAUCAUAGUGCCAAAAGUGCGGAAAAGUCGAAUUCACGGAGAGUCAUUCGGAGGGGGCUGAGGAAAGCUGUCGUCUUGCUUUUUAAUUUAUAAUUAAACUCAAGCGAAAAAAGAACGUGGGGAGCUAUCCGUUACACAAUGGAAUCAUCUUGCUUUUAAUAAAUAAAAUUACAAUAAGUGAAUCAAUAAAGCCUUUGACACCUGUC